AUGCCACCGUCAGUUCAAACUCCAAGUGUCUGGUCUCUAGGAUUGUUUAGGUUGUGCGUCUACCAAAGAGUUUUGCUAAACAGAAUUAUGACUCCACCAGCUGGAGACUAUACCAACCCACCGCAGAUUGUGGUUCUGGACGGUGGUUUUUCAACGCAACUUUCCUGCCAUGUGGGCCACGUCAUCGACGGAGAUCCUCUAUGGAGUGCGCGGUUCCUGCACACACACCCUGAUGAAGUUGUCAAUGCGCAUUUGGACUUUCUCCGGGCUGGGGCCCACUUGAUUAUAACAAAUACAUAUCAGGCUUCCGUGGACGGCUUCGUCGAACAUCUGGGAGUCACAUCUGCGCAAGCAUAUCAGCUGAUGAAACGUGCUGUGGAAUUAGCUAAAAAAGCCCGAGAUUUAUAUAUGGAAGAAUACGGCGAUUACAUACAAGCAGAUCAUUUGCCAUUGGUGGUUGGAUCCGUCGGGCCUUAUGGUGCACACCUGCAUGACGGCUCCGAGUACGAUGGAAGUUACGCUGAUACCACUUCGGUUCAGACUAUGCGCGAAUGGCACUUACCACGUGUCCAGGCCCUCGUGGAAGCUGGAGUGGAUUUAUUGGCGCUCGAAACGAUUCCAUGUCAAGAAGAGGCUGAGAUGCUUUGCGACCUGUUGCGUGAAUUCCCUGGUUUGAAAGCCUGGCUCUCGUUUAGCUGUAAGGACAACCAAAGUAUAGCUCACGGCGAAAGCUUUCAAAAAGUAGCGAAAAAAUGUUGGAGUCUCAAUCCGGAGCAACUAGUCGCAAUCGGCGCAAAUUGUUGUGCUCCAUCCUACAUUUCAAAUUUAGUAAAAGGAAUUAAUGACGACCGGCCACAUGACCCCAUACCGUUAAUCGCUUACCCAAAUUCUGGGGAAAAGUACAAUCCGCAAAUCGGAUGGAUAGACCGAGAUAAGUGUGAGCCUGUGGAAGUGUACAUCCAAGAGUGGCUCGACCUAGGAGUCCGUUACGUCGGAGGCUGCUGUCGCACGUACGCCGCGGAUGUCUCCAGAAUUCGUAACCAGGUACACUGCUGGCGGGACCGUUGGCGCUUCCAACAUAAGUACCAGGCUGACUCGAAAAAGAACCAAAGCACUAGCUGA